UUAAGAGAAAGAGAGUCAGGGACCUAUAAACAAAAAACUUGUAGAGUUUACUUGCUUUUUAGCUUGUUAAAACAUUUAGAAUAUGAACGAAAAUUUUGACACUAUCGGAAAAUGUUUUGUUGAACAGUAUUACGACUUAUUUGACACAAAUCGAGAAGCUCUGAAGUCAUUUUAUAGAAAUGACUCAAUGCUUACGUUUGAGGGUGUACAAAUGCAAGGUGUAGAGGCAAUCGCAAAUAAAAUUAAGACGCUUCCAUUUCAAAGCGUGAAACAUGUUGUGACUACUGCUGACUUUCAACCGACUUGUGAUUAUGGAAUUAUUAUUCAUGUACUUGGUCAACUUAAGACUGACAAUGAUCCACCCCACACUUUUAGUCAAACAUUCUGUUUAAGACGAGAUCCCGCAAACAAUACCAACUAUUACUGUCUGAAUGAUAUGUUUCGACUGGCGCUGCAUCAUAUGUGAACAUAGUGGACACAAGAAAGAAGUGAAGGCUAAAAGAUCUCUUUUGUGUUAAUAAUCAAAGUACCAUAAACUAAAAGCUAUGCAAAAGAUUAUGUUUUAUGAAAUUGGAAAAUGCAUGACACCAAAUAUGCUUAAUAGAAACCAGCCAAAGCUUAUAAUGAAAUCAAACACAUCUUGGUAAAGAAAACAUGUUGAUUUAGAUUGUGUAAAAAGAUUUCUUAGAAUUUAAAAUC